AUCACACACACAGUCCAAUGGCUGCUUUCCAAAGGUCAGCCCACUUCCAUUUUCCGUGCAAGCUAUAAAUUCUCUCUCUCUCUCUCUGGCUGCUACUAUAAAUUUCAAAGAAAUUAACAAUAACCCACUACACUUGCAACCCUAUAUAGCUAGGUUUUGGAAGAUCAAAGGGGAGCAGAUUUUAGGGCAGAAAAAUGGCGACAAGCAAGAAUACAUCUUCAACUAGUGGGACAAGCAAACAAGGCAUGGCAGGCAAGGCCUUCCAAGGUAUGGCAAGCCUCAUCAAGCUUCUACCAACUGGGACUGUCUUUUUGUUUCGAUUCCUAAAUCCAGUCUUAACCAACAACGGUCGUUGUAAUCAUACCAUCAACAAGUACCUUGAAGGGAUUCUCCUUGUUGUCUGUGGCUUCUCUUGUUGCUUCUCAACUUUUACAGAUAGUUACGAGGGUAGCGAUGGUUCGGUUCAUUAUGGGAUUGUAACCAUUAGUGGACUCUGGCCGUCGCCGGCGUCGGAUAAAGUGAAUUUGAAGUCCUAUAAGCUUAGAUUUGGGGACUUUGUGCAUGCCUUCUUGACGGUGAUUGUGUUUGCAGUGGUUUCUCUAUUGGACACAAACACCAUGGACUGUUACUAUCCAUCGUUGGUGUCUGCUCAGAAUGUGUUGGUGAUGGUUUUGACUCCAGUGAUUGGUUUCCUCGCUAGUACAGUGUUCUUCUUCUUCCACAACACACGUCAUGGGAUUGGGUACUCUUCAAUCUAAGCCGGCUGGGACCCUUCUCAAUAAGAUUUCCUCCUAGUUCCCUUCCCAACCUCCCCAUCAAAUAAAACAAACCCAGAUGCUCCUCUUCUUCUUCUUCUUUUUCUCCCACUAGGAAAUUAAAUUUGUGUUUGGUUGCACUUUAGACUAAUAUCUUGUUUUUCUAGUAUGUUGCAAUGAAUGAUGGAAAAAAAUUUGUUGUUA